UUUCAGACGCAACAAUUUUGAUUAUUUCGUUUUAUUUCGUUUUGGGAAAAUAAAAAAAGUUUUGAUAAUGGCUAGACGCCGUAAGAGUAGUUGGAAUGUGGUCGAUAUUAGCGAAGCCAAUAUUGAUGAUCCGUCUGAUGAAGAAAGUGAACUAUACGGAACCAGUGAUGACGAGGAAUAUGUUCCAGAUGAAGAAGUGGAUUUUUCCUAUGAAUACGACAGUGAUAGCGAUGACAGUGUUGUUAUUGACCAAGAAACACGAGAACGCUCUAUUCUCAGGCCGGAUACAUGGCUCAAAUCGAAGGAUGGCCGAAUACAAUAUUCGAAAGAGGAUUUGCCACAAAAUAUUCGACGAAAUGUGAUACCUGGUUCCAUUCGCAAAGGGCCAACCGCUUUCGCCAGUGCCCGUGUCGUUGAUCCAUUUUCUGCGUUUCUAUUGUUGUUGAAACCGAUCGAGAAAAUCGUUUUGGAUAUGACGAAUCUGUAUGGCAUUCGAAAAUAUGGAGAAAAAUGGCAAAUGAUUGAUUUGAAAACGCUGUAUGCGUAUUUUGGUUUGCUGAUUUUAGCCGGUGUGUAUCGUUCGAAAGGCGAAUGUGUAACUGAAUUGUGGGAUGAUAAGCGCGGUCGGCCAAUUUUUCGAGCGACCAUGUCACUGAAUUAUUUUCGUUUAUUGAACUCGUGUAUCAGAUUUGACGAUAAGAAUACACGUAAUGUACGUCGCCAAAGAGACAAGCUGGCUGCCAUUCGUGAGGUGUUCGAAAAAUGGAAUAAACACCUGAAAACUCUGUAUUCGUUGGGAGAUUCUGUGACUGUUGAUGAGCAGUUGAUUCCAUAUCGUGGCAAAUCGCCAUUCACACAGUACAUUCCGUCGAAGCCAUAUAAGUAUGGAAUAAAAGUGUGGGCUUUAUGUGAUUCGUACACAUAUUAUGCAUACAACAUGCAAAUUUAUACUGGUCGUGGUGUAAAUCAAGAGAGAGAACGGAAUCAAGGCCAACGUGUUGUUUUGGAUCUAACGGAAGGUUUGUCUGGCUGUAAUGUGACAUGUGAUAGUUUAUUCACAUCAUAUGAUUUGGCGAAGGAGCUCAAGCAACGAAAAAUGACGAUUGUCGGUACCGUACGCAAAAAUCGUAAGGAAAUACCACCAUGUCUUUUGGAUAUGAAGCGCAAACCCAACUUUUAUUCUGAAUUUGUGUUCGAGCCGUCACUGCGCCUUACAAUGGUAUCGUAUGUGCCAAAAAAAAACAAAUACGUUGUUCUUCUCAGCACCUUGCACACUAAAAAAGAGGUUCGACAGCAUGAUGAUGAUAAAAAGCCAGAAAUCAUUCAUUAUUACAAUGCAACCAAAGGCGGUGUUGAUGUUUUGGAUGAGAGAGUCGGUACAUAUCGUUGUAAACGCAAGGUAAACCGAUGGCCAAUGGCCAUUUUUGCCAACAUGAUCGAUGUGUCGGGAUUCAAUGCUUUUGUUAUAUUCACGGAACUGUUUCCACAAUGGAAAGAAAAAGAAAAAAAAUAUCGUCGUCGUCUUUUUCUCAUCGAGGUUGGUGAACAAUUGGUUCUUCCAUACAUUGAUUCGCGCAAAACGCUACCGAAGGCAAACAACGCAAAUGCUCUUGUGAAGCAAAUCCGAGGCAUUCCUGAUGAGCCGUCAAGCAGUGGAAUCCUUGAAAAACUCCCCAAAAACAACAAAAGAGGACGUUGUUACAUUUGCACCUCAAAAACCAACCAUAAUUUAUACA